UUUAACGCCAAGCUAGCUAGCGUCGAGCCAUUCAUAUUGAGCUAACUGCUUCAUCACUGGCUGCCUCCGUCUUUUCGGGGUUCAUUAACAGUUUUAAUUGUAGUGCUACAGUUGAAUAGAACAUGGCUCUGCUGACUGCGUUAGUCGCUUUCCUGUACCACCUUCCGCAGGUGUAUAAGUGGUUGCUGAAGCCCUACUAUAUAGCCUCUCUCUUCAUGUCAGUAGCCUUUCUAGCUGUCCGCAAGACGCCUGGCAUCUGCGACCAUCUGCCCACACAGCGAGAGGAUGGCAACUCCUGCGACUUCGACUGGAGGGAGGUGGAGAUCCUCAUGUUCCUCAGUGCCAUCGUCAUGAUGAAGAACAGACGAGCGAUAACGGUGGAGCAGCAUGUGGGCAACAUCAUCCUGUUCAGCAAAGUGGCCAACGUCAUGUUGUUCUUCAGACUGGACAUCAGGAUGGGACUGCUCUACCUGACACUCUGCAUAGUGUCUCUGAUGACCUGUAAGCCUCCUCUGUACAUGGGACCAGAGUACAUCAAAUACUUCAGCGACAAAACCAUCGAUGAUGAGCUGGUCAGAGACAGUCGGGUGACGUGGCUUGUUGAAUUUUUCGCCAACUGGUCUCCAGAGUGCCAGUCCUUCGCAUCUGUCUACGCUGAUCUCUCUCUCAAGUAUAACUGUGCUGGUCUCAAGUUUGGUAAAGUGGACAUCGGACGUUAUGGAGAGGUCUCCAAAAAGUACAGAGUGUCUGCGUCUCCGCUGUCCAAGCAGCUUCCGUCCUUGGUGUUGUUUCAGGGAGGGAAGGAGGUGAUGCGGCGCCCCCAGGUGGACAAGAAGGGUAGAGCCGUAUCCUGGAGCUUCACUGAGGUCAGACUGGACAGUGCACUUCACAAAAUACAGGCCUUGUGCAGCAACAACAAGUUCUGUGUAUAAACGGCAAACCUAACUUUACUCAUUCAGACCGUGCUGUUGUGCUGCAGUUUACACUCCGUCUCCUCAAGGAGCUGAAACAUUGUGUAUAACUCCUUUAGAGCUCCAGACUCUGUCACAUGUGUAGACAGACAUUUCUGAAAAGAGACUUCUGAAAACUCCCUCGAAGGUGCAGAGGUUCGCUGGCUGUAAAACAGAGCGAACAAUUUACACAUUGUUGCUUUAUGUAAUGAGCAUGCCCAGAAACAACAACCAUAGCACCGUGGGCCGCGUACUAGAAAGAUGUUAAAUAAAUAGGUAUCAAACAUGUAUAAAGAAAUAACUAACUGCUAUUGUUUUACUAUUGUUGGAUUUGUUAAAGGUCAUCUAUUUUUUUUUUUUUUUUUUAAAUGGAGAGGAAAAAUGUCUUUUCAUUCAACGAGUAGAUUAAUUAAUUUAAAGUGAUAUCCACAGCUAGUUGAUGAAACCAUGUCAAAAUGAAACAGUUGUUUAUAUUGGUAUAUUUGAAAGCUCUCAGCACAUUGUGUGUGUGUGUGUGUGUGUGUGUGUGUG